AUGGGAACCAAUUGGCAUGCGGCCCUGAUCUUGAUUGCGGCGCUGGCGGGCGCCUGGGGCGCCCUGGGGCAGAGCAACGAGCGGUGUGCCGUCGAUGGGCCGCGCAAGGAUUGUGGAUGGCUGGGGAUCAAUGACUUGGGCUGCGAGGCCCGCGGCUGCUGCUGGGCGCCCGACUACGACUCCAACAAGCCCUGGUGCUUCUACAAGAGCGCCGUGGCGUCCGCCUACGACAUGGUCUCCGUGCGCGAAACAGACCUUGGACUCGAGGGCGAGCUGCAGCUCACCACUUCCGGGCUGCCAUACCUGGGGCAUGACAUCCAGCAACUGAAGCUGUCGGUCCAAUUUGAGACCCAGGGCAGACUGCAUGUCAAGAUUUCAGAUUGGGCAGACAGUCGUUGGACAGUGCCUGAGUCCCUGUUGCCAAGGCCGUCAGUCUCCACUGCUGCUAGCGAUCCGCUUUAUGCCUUCAACUAUCAGCAGAGCCCCUUCAGCUUCUCUGUUAUUCGAAAGGAGGAUGGCGACGUCUUGUUUGACACCACGGAACACAGCCUUUUCUUCAAGCAACAGUACCUGGAGCUGAGCUCGCCCAUUGCGGAGUCUGCCGCUCUGUAUGGCAUCGGCGAGAGGACACGCAGCGAGGGCAUUCGGCUGCAGCGCGAUGGCGUCCCCACCACCCUGUGGAACAAGGACACGGCUGCCGCUAAUGCAGACACGAACUUGUAUGGCUCGCAUCCAUUCCUGAUGGCCAUAGCAGAAGGCGGCAACGCUCACGGAAUCUUCCUGCUGAACAGCAAUGGCAUGGACGUGGUGCUGGACAAGUCGACCAUUUCCUACAGGGCUCUGGGGGGCGUGCUCGAUUUCUAUUUUUUCCUGGGGCCUACUCCAAGGGAGGUCAUUCAGCAGUACCAAGAGGUCAUUGGCAAGCCAAUGAUGCCACCAGGCUGGAGUCUGGGGUUUCACCAGUGCAGGUGGGGAUACCGCAACGUACAGGAGCUGGACACCGUGAUCGAGUCUUAUCGGGCAGCAGACAUUCCCUUGGAAGCCAUGUGGACGGACAUCGACUACAUGGACGGCUACAGGGACUUCACGCUGGACAAGAAGAACUUCGACCUGUCGCAAAUGCGCGCGCUGGUGACUAAGCUGCACGAUGCAGGCCAACGCUGGGUGCCCAUUAUCGACCCUGGCAUCAAGGUGGACACGGGCUACCCUGCAUAUGAUGACGGCAUCAGGGAGGACAUCUUCCUCAAGGAUGCGAACGGGAAGAGGUACAUUGGAAAGGUUUGGCCUGGGGCAGUGCACUUCCCGGAUUGGUUCCACCCUGGUGCCCAGGACUAUUGGACCGCACAGCUCAGGCAGUUCCAUGACAACCUGGUUCCCUUUGAUGGGAUAUGGAUCGACAUGAACGAAGCGUCCAACUUCUGUCAGGCACCUGGAGAGGCGCUUCAGUCCAAUGGCCUUGGCCGACGAGGAUUGUCCGAGGCUAUUGCAUGCUCCCAUAACAUCAGCCUGCGCCUCAACCUCGAGCACCCACCGUACCGCAUCAACAACGCAGAGAAGACAGCGCCCCUGAGUGAGAAGACCAUCCCAGUGAGCAUCGUCCACCACGAUGGCACCUUUGAGUAUGACGCCCACAACCUCUACGGAUUCACUGAAGCGCAGCUGACCCACAGGGCGCUGGAGGACAUCCUCGUUGAGCGGCCAUUUGUCUUGACUAGGUCAAGUUUCUCAGGUUCCGGGCAGUACACUGCCCACUGGAGCGGGGACAACUCAGCUACAUGGGAUGAUCUGAGGUGGUCGAUCGGCUCCGUUCUCAACUCAAACUUGUUUGGGAUGCCAAUGGUGGGGGCUGACAUCUGCGGCUUCAACUUGCAGACCACUGAGGAGUUGUGCACAAGGUGGAUCUCCCUGGGGGCAUUCUACCCAUUCAGUCGUGCCCACUCUGACCACUACCCCCAAGAGCUGUACCUGUGGGACACCGUGGCGAAUGCAGCACGCAAGGCCCUCAAGAUGCGCAUGAGGCUGGUCCCCUACCUCUACACAGCCUUCAAGAAAGCCAACACGGAGGGCGGCAUGGUGGCUUCACCGCUGUGGUAUGAGUUCCCCACGGAUGCCAGCACCUAUGACAACAGUAGGCAGUACCUGCUGGGGAGCGGCGUGUUGGUGAGCCCUGUGCUGGAGAAGGGACAGGACCAUGUGGAUGCGUACAUCCCUGAGGGGACGUGGUACAACAUUUGGGACUAUAGCGCAAUCCAAGGCCCUCAGACUGCGCACCUGCCGUGUCCGCUGGGAGAGAUUCAGGUCCAUGUGCGGGCUGGCACCAUCAUCCCCAUGCAGCAGCCUGCCAACACGACCAAGCAGGCCGCAGCUGGCCCGCUGGAUCUGAUCGUGGCCCUGCCGCCACCUGGGCAGGGAGUCAAGUCUGCAGAGCAGAAUGUGGACCAAUAUGCAGAGGGCGCGGUGUACAUGGAUGGGGGUGCCAUGGCUGUCAACGGCCCAGACAGCUUCACAAUCAACUUCGAGGCACGGGUCUCCGGUCAACGGGGGCGGCUCAUGGCGGCACCCACCUUUGGUGGCAAUGCCCUCACAGCGCAACACGUGCCCAGCCUUGGCAACGUGACUGUCCUGGGCGUGGAAUGUGGCAGCCAGCUGCAUGACCCCUUCUGGAAGGAGGCGGCCACCUUUUCGAACGUCAUAGUGGCUGGAGUCAGGGUGACAGUGAACCAAGCGGAGUAUCCCAGGAGCUCUGUCAUGUACGACUCGCAGAGCGGCGUUCUGCAGCUAAGGGACCUGAAUGGGGAUCUCACCCAUGGUGUGGUGAUAGAGUGGGGCUGCGAGUACAGCCUCGCAACGGUCUGA